AUGCGGCUCACAUUGGUUCUACUGCUGGGUCUACUGGGCUGCUUGCUUCUCUCCCAGCAGGGAAGCGGUCAGGGUUCGAGCUCCUCAACCGAAUCGUCGACAGACAGCACCACAGACAGUGCGGCGGGCAGCACUGCUGGUCCCGAAACUGGGGUAACGACUGCGGCACCCGCCACCUCCGUCACAGAUGCAUCAGAGACAACAGAGACAACAGAGGCUACGGACUCGAGCUCGGCCACAACCUCUGCAUCCGCCAGCGCGGCUGCCAGGCGGCGCAGGAUACGUGCGCGUCGUCGUCGUGCGCGCUUGGCCCGCCAGCGUCGCAAGCGGCAGGCACAGAAGCGCCGGCAACAGCAGCGUAGGAGGCAACAGCGUCGUAGUCGCCGGGGAUAA